AUGCCAUCGUCUUCCUCGUUACCAGCACCGUUGCUGCCCCUGUCUCGUCAAGAGCCACUGUGUGUCAGCCUUGGCAAAGGCGCGUUUGUUUACAACUCGUCCGCCAUCCGCGUCGCCUCCAACGAUCCUCCUGCCUACCGGCUCACCGUCCACAACCAUAGCAACAACUACAUCAGGGAGUCGUACAAGCCCACCUACGAGGUGCAGACCCUGUUUAAGUUCUUCAACUGCUCCUCAGCUGCCCACACGGCCGACUCGUUGGCGACGUAUCAGGGCUACAUCCAGGGCGCCAAUAGCGAGUGCGUCACGAUCAGCGACCUUGACAGCGAAUCCAACUAUGUUCGAACCGCAGAAUGCUCCUUCAGCGGCGACCCGUCCAUGGGUAAUGUAGACGCCACUCAGAACUUCCAGUUCCAACGCGGUGAAGAAUUUUCCUACUACUCUGCUGUCUUCCUUGGUGCGACUGCAGGUCCCGUUGACACUGCCGAGCUCGGCGCCGGUGGCGAGUACCACUUCAAGGUCAAUGACGUGGGCAACAACUACCUCGUGUACGGCAAGAACGACCAGCCUCAGUCGGUCAACAAGAACGAGAUGCUCAUCGGCUACCUCGGUCAAACCUACAAAGUCCCUGCGAAAACCUUCCCCGAAUGCAAGCUUGUCAAGAACGGCACGCUCGAGCUGGUCAACACUAAGACCGGAGACGUCCAGAGCGUUACAGCCAACUACACUGUCGACGACUCCCACUCUUUGCAGCCGUUGCUCAACGGCUCUGGAAAUCCAUACUUUAGCUUCUACGCGUGUGAUUCGAGCUACAUGGGCUACGAGGCGGACGGCAACAACCACUACGGUCACUUUUCCUCCAACGGCAAGUAUGUUCCCUCGUGCUUCAUCGGGGACUAUGCCAAAGGAUCCAGCGUCGGAAUUUACGAGCCCGCCUUCCCCGGCCACAACGACAGCCCUUGUGGCAAAUACAACACGAACGUGCAGCUCGAGAGCUUCUUCCACCUCGCAAAGACCAACGCUGGAUACGAGGUCAACUUUUUGGGCACCCUCAACGACGGGGCCAACCGCCCGAACGCCCCUGUUCCCGGAAAGGGCGAAUACGGCUGGGUACCCACACCCACUGCCAAGCAAACCUCUGGCGACCCUACUCCCAUCUUUGUUAGCCCUAACGCAACCGACUACAAGCUGCGCUUCACCGCCUAA